AUGGAUUCUGUCAUUCCCGACAUCCUAACAAAGUCCAUUGGUCUUACCCCUUUAUCCUCUGAAAGUACUCAUAACAAGCCUCUACCAGUUCCUCCAAACUCGUCAUCGAAAGGGGCUUCUGGUGCCGAUCCUCUUGGGGAUCACAAGCAUGGAUUUCGACCUUCAGAUUCUACGGAUACUAGUGGUAUUCCUCCCCUAUCUUCUCCUAAGAAAAUGUAUUCAAUUUCAUCCUUUCCUAAGGCUCCUCUAGUAUCUUUAGAAGCCAUAGUCCGCCCGACCCCGAUUCAAUCAGAUUCCUUGGUUAUUUCUACUAAACUAAUCCCUAGUGGUUCAGACGCCAUGGUUCAUCUUUGUAGGGGUCAUCUUGCAAAGCUUAUGUUUCUUCAGUGGCUAUUCAACUCUUUUGCUCCCCCGACUUCUGAUCCCCCAGCUUCUACCGCCGCUCUAGUUGUUACUCCAGUUGUUUCGAUAUCUACUGAGGCUCCAUCAGAUCUUGCUAAUGUUAUUAACCUAGACUCCCUGAUUCCUGAUAUGGAUGUGACAUAUGUUAAUUCCGCCGGACCUCUCCCUGGUUCCUCUUCUUCUGAGCUUUUGCCUCCUCCAAAAAACGGGUAA